CCUACCACCUCCCAGCUUCGAUCUCUCGCGACACGCGCAGAACCCCGCCACCACCAACCACCACACACCCCAAAACCACCUACCUACACCAAUUGCCCCCCGGUAAUUGGCAGCCGCGCCGCAACCUUCCCAAGAUGGCGCCCUCCCAAAAGCGCAAGUCGCUCCCCGACAACGACGACUUCAUCCACACCAUCUCGGACAACGACGAGCCCGACGUCAUUGAGGAAGAGGAAGAGACACUCCUUACCGCUGCUGCUGCGUCUGCUGGGCGGCCGAAUAAGAAGGCGAAGAUUGCUGCUGGGGCGAAAAAGGAGGGGAAGAAGAAUAAGAAGGAUAAGAAGGGGAAGAAGGGGAAAACUGCUGCUAGUGAGGAGGGGGGUGAAGAUGAUAAUGAGGAGGGGGACGAGGCGACCGGUCUCUGGGGCGCCAAUGAUGCCGACGAUGGCGCCAUGGACUCGGACUUUGAGUUUGUGGCUGGUGGGGGUGAUGAUGGGUUGAAUGGGUUCGAGGAGGGCGGAUUUGAGGGGUGGGGGUUUGAGAGUGCUAAGAAGGGCGUGGUGGGCGCUGGUGGUAAUGGUGGGCAGGAGGCGAAGAGUGGGGUGGAUCUGGAUGAGAUUAUUCGGAGGCGGAGGGAGAAGAAGGAAAAGGGACAGGAGAAGGUGGAGGAGGAGGUGGAAGUUGAGGAUAUGGGGGAGGUGGAUUUGGAUCUCGACGAUGAGGUGCUGGCUGAGGAUGCAUUUGGGAUGGGGGUCGGGUCCGAUGUGGACGAGGAGGAGGACGAGGAGGCGGAGGGUGGUGAAGAGCAGGAGGACGAAGAGAUGGGAGACGGCGAGGGGAGUGCGGCCGAGGAAGAGGCGGACGGUCAAGAUGACGAUGAGGCCGCGUCAGACAAUGAUUCGGUGGCUACACCUGUGCAACAUCCCGACGACGAAGCGUCCGAGGACGACGACGAAGAAGACGCCGAGGAAGAAGCUAGGCGGAAAGAGUUCUUCGCCGCGCCGGAGGAGACCGAAAAUGUCGGCAAGAAAGGCGGGCUGUCCUCAUUCCAAGGGAUGUCGCUAUCAAGACCUAUUCUUAGGGGCCUCACUUCGGUCGGGUUCACGAAACCGACCCCUAUCCAGGCCAAGACGAUACCGAUCGCGUUGAUGGGCAAGGACGUUGUUGGUGGCGCCGUCACGGGUUCCGGCAAGACGGCUGCGUUCGUGGUGCCCAUCCUAGAGCGGCUGCUAUAUCGGCCCAAGAAGGUACCAACCACACGAGUCGUGGUCCUAACGCCCACCCGUGAAUUGGCGAUCCAGUGUCACUCCGUGGCUACCAAGCUGGCCGGCCACACCGACAUCAAGUUUUGUCUUGCUGUUGGUGGUCUCAGCCUGAAGGUCCAAGAGGGCGAGCUGCGCCUAAGACCGGACGUGGUGAUUGCCACGCCCGGUCGUUUCAUCGAUCAUAUGCGGAAUUCGGCGAGCUUCGCUGUUGAGACGGUCGAGAUUCUGGUACUCGAUGAAGCCGACAGGAUGCUCGAGGACGGUUUUGCGGACGAAUUGAACGAGAUCCUGACGACGCUGCCCAAGUCGCGCCAGACAAUGCUGUUCUCCGCCACCAUGACGUCGACAGUCGACAAACUGAUUCGGGUCGGUCUCAACAAGCCGGCUCGGAUCAUGGUCGAUUCCCAGAAACAAACGGCCGUUACCCUGGCGCAAGAGUUUGUGCGACUGCGACCGGGGCGCGAGGAGAAGCGCAUGGGUUACCUAGCGCAUAUCUGCAAGACUCUAUACACCGAAAGGGUCAUCAUAUUCUUUAGGCAGAAGAGGACUGCUCACAAGACUCGCAUCAUUUUCGGCUUGCUGGGACUGUCGAGCACAGAGCUGCAUGGAAGCAUGAACCAGGCUCAGCGAAUUGCCAGCGUCGAAGCAUUCAGGGACGGCAAAGUAAACCAUCUGCUUGCCACUGAUCUUGCGUCUCGUGGUUUGGAUAUUAAGGGAAUCGACACCGUCAUCAACUACGAAGCGCCCCAAUCCCUGGACAUUUACGUCCAUCGUGUUGGUCGUACGGCUCGUGCGGGCCGCAGUGGUGUUGCCAUCACACUGGCAGCGGAACCGGACCGAAAGGUCGUGAAGUCGGCUGUCAGGGCUGGCAAAGCGCAGGGCGCAAAGAUCAUCAGCCGAGUCAUUGACCCAGCGGACGCGGACAAGUGGCAGGAUCAGAUUGACGAAAUGGAGGAUGAAAUUGACGAAAUCCUGCAGGAGGAGAAGGAGGAGAAACAGCUGGCCCAGAUCGAGAUGCAAGUCAAGAAGGGCGAGAACAUGAUUAAGCACGAGGAGGAAAUCAACGCGCGGCCGAAGAGAACGUGGUUCGAGACACAGGAGGACAAGAAGAAGGCCAAGGAGCUCGGGCGGGCUGAGCUCAACGGUGUCCGAGAGGCGAUGAAGAAGAAGGGUGCGGGCAGACUCAGUAACAAGGACAAGAAGAAGCUCGACUCCAAGGCGGAGAGGAGCGACAGCAAGUCGACUGGGUGGAAGAAGGGGCGGGCGGAGAGAGACGGAAAGGGAGCGGUACUGAACCUGAAGAAGGUCACGAAGCCCAAGACAAAAGCGCCGGCAGGGCGUAAGGGGAGGAGGUAGCUUUUAGUGAUAUCCAGAUAGUUCUUUGUACAUGUUAUUGUUCAUACCGA